AUGGAUUGUGUUGCAAAUUUGAAGGAUUUGAUCCUGGAUUAUUAUUAUUAUGACUUCUUCGGAUGUGGUUUUUUCCGGUUUGGUUGCUUUAACCAGGUUUUAGGCCUGUUUUUGCUGUUCGCCUUUGGUUUGAACAUUUUGUGUUCAGGCAGAUUUUCCAGGUGCUUGAUUCGGUGUUUAUGGUGUUUGGGAGGGAAAUCAGGGGGAGGACUGAAGAGCAGUAGAUUGUGUUCCAACGUUGCUCUGGAUCUGGAUAGGGAAAAUGUCGAAUCCUUGGAGAAAUCGUCCUUGUUAGAUAAGGUUGGGGAAGCAAUCGAAGAAUUAAACCCUAGCGAAGCAUCUGGUGAAGAAUUAGAUAUCGGGAAUGGCGAUUGGGAAAGCGGACACACCACCGAUAAGAAAUUACCAUCUGAUUCAGAGCUAUCUACAUUGAAAAGACUGAUACAGAUUGAGAGGCAAAGAGCCAAUGCGGUGCGUGAAGAUCUCGCCAAAGAAAGGUCAUCUUCCGCCAUUGCAGCUAAGGAAGCCAUGGCAAUGAUAUUGCGGCUUCAGAGCGAAAAAAGCUCCAUCGAAUUGGAGUCAAGGCAGUACAAAAGAUUAGCAGAGGAGAAACAAAUCCACGACCAACAAGUCAUCAGAUUACUGCAAUUGCAGGUGUGGAGGAACGAGUCGAAGACGAGGUCACUGGAAGAUCAACUGAAACUGUGCAGGCAAAAAUUAAUGUGUGCUGAUCAAAGCACUGCAAAUGCAAAAGUCGAGGAAGCUCCGAGCAGCUCCUUCAAUGGCGGUAUUCGUGAGGCUCCCGAAAAUGUGCUGUAUAGCUCACGCGAAGCUGCCUUAUCCCCUGAGUAA